AAGUGUCUCCUGUUGUCAAGUUUCCUGUAAAUUUAGCUCGUCAAAUCUAUGAUGUUAUUUUUUCAACAAUAAAUAAUGAAGAUGAAGAGGACGAUGGUGACAUUGCUAUGAAAUUACAGUGUGAAGAAGAUGAACGGAUGGCACGCCAACUCUAUGAAGAAAUGCUAAGGAACACAGGACGUGCACUGGAUUCAACUCCACCGCAAUUGCGAGAAAUAAUGGACAUGGAACUAGCCCAAGCUAUUUAUAAAGCAGAUGUUGAUUCUCUCACUCAGAGUUCUCCAGAUACAAUUGCAAAUGUUCUUGCAAAGCGUCUUUUGGAGGAAAACUAUAGUCAUAUUGACAAAAAAACUUUACAUGACAUUUUUGUCUCCUGCAAUUGUUCUUUUGAAGAUACUGUAAAAACUCUCCAAGAAGCUUUACCAGCUGAUGAUGUUGAAAAUAAGCGUAGAGUUGUAGCCCAACAAGCUGCAGUCCAAGAUAAAUAUCAAACUCGUGACAAUGCCCAAUCUCAAGAAUUUUCUGAAAGACAUGAAAGUAUAGAAAAUUCUAUUGGAAUAGAAAAUCCAUGGGAUUUGUCUGAUCCUAAGGAUGCAUACAAUAAAUACAGAGGAAAAGCAGAUGAAUUUCUUAAAGAACGCGAUGAAAUGUAUCGCAGAGCAAAUGAUGCUUUCAGGAGGAAAGAAAGAUCUGUAGCAGCUUACUAUUCAAAACUGGGUGAAGUGCAUGGAAAAAAGUUCCACCAUGCUAGUGCAAUGGCUGCUGCAGCUCUUGCUGCAGCUCACACCAAUUUACAUUCCAGUGAUACUCUGGAUUUGCACCAUUUCAAAGUUGUAGAGGCUGUUACUGUCUUUGAUCUAUUCAUGGAUUACCACAUAAGAAUAUUACCAGAAAAUGGGCUUCAACAACAAAGUCUUGACAUCAUUACUGGCCGUGGCACACACAGCGUAAAUGGCAAGCCGCGUAUUAAGCCAGCUAUUAUGAACCGCGCCAAAAAGCGUAAUUUAAGAUGUCAGCAAGUCUCAGGUAACCCAGGUGUACUCAAGAUUUGGGUUACAUCUAACUCUUACCUCUCGCACGAAGUACCUGAGUGAAAGAUAUACAAUGCACAAAAGCAUGCAGCAGUGUUAAAUUGAGUAAUAAUUAAUUGGUUUACUUUACCAAACCAUUUGAUUAUUAGCUCAUUGAUUUUUGUUGUUCUAAAAUUUCUUUGCUUUCUACUUGCUUUGGAAAUUAAUUGUGCUUUCUGUCUUGAGCAAUGGGGAUUUAAAAGGAAACUAUAUGUUCUAUAUUUUUGAUAAUCAUCUACAUUUUGUGCUUUUGUGCAACUUUGCUGUGCUGUACUGCGCUCUGAGUAACUGUUAGAAGUUUAGUUUGCUCAUAUAUUUUAUAAUCAAUGUAUGUACUUAUUAAGAUUUAAAUGAACUUGUUAGGAUUUCUUGGUUAAAUUAGUUUUUUAUUAAGUUUAACCAUGUUGACACUUUAUUGAGUUGAUUUCUUGCACUCUUGUGCAUGGAAUCUUUUUUUUUAAAUGACCUUGUUUUUAUUUGUGACAUGGGACUACAUGUGUUCAAUUUUUACUCGUUAAUUGAAAGAUCAGUCCUUUCAUAUUGGGUAUUCUCUUAUUUUUCUAUCCGACUCAACAUCCAUGGGCUUUCCAAUUAUUUUUUUAAUCAUAUUUUUUUGUGUCCUUAAUCUAUUGGGUAUUUAGUGCCUUAUCUAAUCAGCUGUGUUGUCAAUAGUGAUGAUAUCUGAUGUUCCAAUGCCACUCGCACAACAUGUGAUUGUUUAAUCUAGUUUUCUGUUAUAGAUUUGUACUAUUUUACAAAUCUGAGUCAUUGCUGGAGAUAAAAGCGUAUAUGUAUGAGAUAUAUGAGCUUCAAAUAUUACUCUAAGAUUUUUGCCUAGUUUGCUCAAGUAUUGAGGUAAAAUCUUGAAAUACAAAAGAACUGCUGUGAUCUUAUUGUUUAAGAAGUGUUUAUGGUCUUUCCCUAUAUGUUAAGUACUUAACGGAAACCAGUAGCCUGUUGGUUUCCUUGUUUCUGGCAGUUAGGACACACACUAAAUACAUCAUAUUGACCAUCAGUAGCCUAGUCCACUUACAAUGUGCAUGAAGGAUGUUCAUGCUAGCUAAUUAUGGUAUUCAAUUUUAUUGCAGCAGUUUUUUUCAAAAUAGUUUUGAAUUGAAUCUUUUCACAGGUAUACAUUUAUGCUUGGAAUAGCAUUAUGUAAUCUAUUUUUGACAGGGUAUUUUUUAUUGAUAUGUACAAGUAUCACAGUUUAUCUUCUAGCUGUGCCAGUACCAAUUGUUUUUUAACAUACAUGUUUAUAUUAUCAUGUUUUGAUGGAAAUAUAUUUCAAAUGGUCACUGA